CCCGGGAGCCCGGGAGGAGGCGCGGCCCGGCUCUGGGGCCCGACGGGGCGGCCUGGAGGGCUUUCACCAGACCGGACCGCGGAAGCCGCCCUGAGGACACCGAGCCGGGACAAGGCGCGCCAGAACGCGGGGCCACAGCCGGGGUGAGCACCCCCUCCUCAGGGUCCAUGUGCCCACCCCAAGCCCAGGUGGAGGCGGGCCCCAUCAUGACUGAAAAGGCAGAGAUGGCAGGCACCCCCAGCCCAGCACCCUCCGGGACCCCAAAGUCUGCCUCCCCGGAGUCCCCCCCACCCCCGGAGGAGGCAGGCCAUCCAGGCCCCUCCCCGCUCAGACUGCCCCCCGGCGUGCCAGUGAUCAGCCUGGGGCACACCCGGCUCCCAGGCCCAGCCGUGCCCACCACAGAGCUGAGCACCCUCCGGCCCCCCAUGCUGCACCUGUCGGCCCUGGGGGCCACGCCGCCCGCCCUGGCCCUGCACUACCACCCUCACCCCUUCCUCAACAGCAUCUACAUUGGGCCGGCAGGACCUUUUGGCAUCUUGCCCAGCAGCAGGCUGAAGCGGAGACCGAGCCAUUGUGACCUGGACCUGCCUGAGGGGCACCAGCCGCAGAAGGUGGCGCGGCGCGUGUUCACCAACAGCCGCGAGCGCUGGCGGCAGCAGAACGUGAACGGCGCCUUCGCCGAGCUCCGGAAGCUGCUGCCCACUCACCCGCCCGACCGGAAGCUGAGCAAGAACGAGGUGCUGCGCCUGGCCAUGCGGUACAUCGGCUUCCUGGUGCGGCUGCUGCGGGAUCAGGCGGCGGCGCUGGCCGCGGGCUCCGCGGCGGGACGAAAGUUCUCGUGA